CUAGAAGGUUGCGAAAUUGUUAAAAGAAAAAAAUUACAAGUUAUUGAAUCUGGCUGUUACAAUAUUUUGAGCAAAGUGGGUUUUGAAAAGUAUCUUUUCUCUUAUCUGGAAAACAAUUCGUUAUCAAUGUAAUUGCUGUUGACUCAGUUUAGAUAUGACGAUACAACCUUCCUCCAUACUAAAAACCUAGCCAGUAACCGUACCAAAAUGGUGUAGUGUUAAAUUGUUUCACGUUAUAAUAAAAAUAAUGUAUAUAAAUGAUUAAUACCAAAGCUCAGUAAUGACGCUGAAGGGUGCAGUGUUCUGUGUCAUAUUUUUCACAUCAGUAACCGGCAAUUUUUUGUCAUGUCCAAAAUUAUGUAUAUGCCCACCUGGUUUCACGGACUGCAAAUAUAACAAUUUUUCGAAUUUACCCCUCGGACUUGACAAAAAUGUGACCAUUCUGGACCUGUCCUACAACGCGUUUCAAGUAUUUCCCGACGAUUUAAACAAUUAUCCAUCUCUGGAGUACUUAAACCUUUCGUAUAACAAAAUCCACCGACUCCAGAAUGACAAUUUUCGAAGAUUAACGAAACUAGAACGAUUGGACUUGAGCCACAAUUCGAUCAACUGGGCAAACAUCGGACCAUACACAUUUUCGUCGACUCUCAACUUACUGUUCCUGGAUUUGUCAUACAACCCGCUUGGAAGUCAACAUGUGGGCGAAAACCCACUACAAAUCCAGUCGUUGGAAAUCCUACGCUUAAACAACUGCUCAAUAGAUCACCUCGAUAAUAAGCUCCUCGAUAAAUUACCAAAACUCAAGGAACUACACCUUUCCGAAAACCCGAUCACGUCGUUAUUUUGGAGUUUGGCAUCAACUAGUUUAAAAUUCUUGGAUUUGAGCCGAUGUAACUUGAAACAUGUGAGUCCGAGAGUUUUCGUAAACCUAACUUCGUUGCAAACUCUCUACAUGCAGCAAAAUAUUAAUUUGAAGAGUUUUUACUGCAACUCGCCCAGUUUGCGCUAUUUGGACAUUUCGAACUGUAAUCUGGAGUCGGUUCCGCGUGGUUACCUCCCCAAUAUAAACGCGGCCAAUUUGCACGGUAACCACUUUAGAAUCAUUCCAAACAAAAGCUUUGCCAAUUAUACUAAUCUUGUGAUGUUGGACUUGUCGUAUAAUGCUCUCCAUGUUAUUGACGAAAACGCCUUCGUUGGACUUGACAAAAUCGAACGGUUAGACUUGUCCCAAAACACCUUAUCGGACCUAAGCCCCAACGUAUUCUUCAGUAAUACUAACUUACAGUUCUUGAAUUUGUCAAGGAAUUACUUGAAUACGGUACCAAAUCUGAACAGUGACUUUUUGGAGAUUUUAGAUCUAAGUUUCUGUGAGAUAGCUUCGGUUGAUCAGGACUGUUUGGUUAAUAUGCCACGAUUGAAAAUUUUGAAUUUAUCCAAAAAUAUCAUUUCGGUCCUUCCGGACAAUUUCCGAGGUGAUGCCUUACGGGUUCUGGACGUUAGUCUUUGUAGGAUUAAAACCGUCAAUAAUAAAACCUUUGCAUUGAUGUCAUCGCUCCGUUCUGUGAAUUUGGCUGGAAAUCGUUUGACUUAUGCCAGCCCUUCGAGUUUCGCCCAAGUGGUUUCGUUGAACAUUUCGGACAAUCCCUGGCGUUGCGAUUGCUCAAAACUCAAAGAUUUGUACGACUGGUUGUCAAAAACGGGCAAGAAGCUGGACAACUUGUACUGUGAAUCGCCUGAAGCUUUCGAAGGUCGUUCGUGGUUGUCCGCAUGUCAGAAAGACUGGCAGCCUGACAUAACCCGAAGCGAUUCCGUUUGGUGGUACACAACCGGGUUGAUAAUAACCGUCUUCGUGAUUUUAUUCGUCAUUCUCGCCAUGAGGAGAAUGUACUUAUUAAAAGAGAAACGCCUUCGCGAGGCGAACGAAGCAAGGAGAAACGAAGAACGCGAAGCUCUUCGCCGAAUGCAUCGCAUGCAGGCGGAAGCUCGUGAAGAAGCAAGCAGAAACGCACCAGAUCCUCGAGAGUUGCAAACACCUCCGUCCUACAACGAAGCCUUGCUCUUACCAAGACUAGACUCCUCGCAUCCGAGUUUAUCGGCCAGCUUGCACAGCAUUGCCUCCAAACAUAGCAUUAACGGCAGUCUAACGGACGUGGCGAAAAGAAGGCGAAAGCGGAGAAGAAGGAAAUCGGAUUCUUCCGAAGGUCAACGUGCGUCUCGGGUCGUCGUCGUUGACUCGGACACCUCAGAACACGAACCUGAACCUCGCACAACGUUAGAAAGUGAUUUUUAAACACCGAUUAUGGAAUCGAUUUGGUGAUUUUUUUGCUGACAGGCCCGGACUAGUCGGAACUGCAUAGGAGACGAUUGUGGCGAUUUUUAGUCCAGUGAUAUUCCCAAAAGAGAUGCAAACUGUAGUAACACUAAGCAGGAUUUUGAUAAUGUUGUGGUGUGACUCAAGUUGUAAUAAAUAUAACUAGGUUAA